GGGCAGCGCGGCUACCUGCACCGCCCGCGCCGCACCUGGCGGAGGCAGAAGUCGCGAACCGAGCGAGCGCCGGGCGGCGGCGGGGAGGAGGGACGGCACCCGGCCGCGGGGCGGGAGCGGCGGCCGCGGGCGGCGUGGAGGGCGCAGCGCGCCGCGCGGCGGAGGCAGGCAGGCGGCAGCCGCGCUCGGCUCGCUCAGCCCCGCCGGCCGGGCGCGCACCCGGGCCCGCACCGCGCCGCUGCGGGCGCACAUGGCAGCGUGAGCGGCCGGCGGCGGGAGGAGCGGGCGGCGCCGGGCGGGGGCCGCGGGGCCACAGGGCCGCAUGGACUGCCGCGCCACCCCGACCGGCCCUCACUAGGGCCCCCCAGCCGCGGGCACCCCCGCCGCCACCCCCCCGAUUAUGGUGCCUCGGCGGCCGCCCGGGUCGGGUACAGCCGGCCGGAGGCGCUGAGCCGGGGGCCCCAGCGGCGGCCGGGAGCUGCAUGGGGGAGCGCGGGCCGCUCUUGGGAAGAUGCCCCGGCCGGAGCUGCCCCUGCCGGAGGGCUGGGAGGAGGCGCGCGACUUCGACGGCAAGGUCUACUACAUAGACCACACGAGCCGCACCACCAGCUGGAUCGACCCGCGGGACAGGUACACCAAACCGCUCACCUUUGCCGACUGCAUUAGCGAUGAGCUGCCUCUAGGAUGGGAAGAGGCGUAUGACCCACAGGUUGGAGAUUACUUCAUAGACCACAACACCAAAACCACUCAGAUCGAGGACCCCCGGGUGCAAUGGCGGCGGGAGCAGGAGCACAUGCUGAAGGAUUACCUGGUGGUGGCCCAGGAGGCCCUGAGUGCACAGAAGGAGAUCUACCAGGUGAAGCGGCAGCGUCUGGAGCUUGCACAGCAGGAGUAUCAGCAGCUGCAUGCCGUCUGGGAGCACAAGCUGGGCUCCCAGGUCAGCUUGGUCUCCGGAUCGUCAUCCAGCUCUAAGUAUGACCCUGAGAUCCUGAAAGCUGAAAUUGCCACUGCAAAAUCCCGGGUCAACAAGCUGAAGAGGGAGAUGGUUCACCUCCAGCAGGAGCUGCAGUUCAAAGAGCAUGGCUUCCAGACCCUGCAGAAAAUUGACAAGAAAAUGUCUGACGCUCAGGGCAGCUACAAACUGGAUGAAGCUCAGGCUGUCUUGAGAGAAACGAAAGCCAUCAAAAAGGCCAUCACCUGUGGAGAAAAGGAAAAGCAAGAUCUCAUUAAGAGCCUUGCGAUGCUGAAAGACGGCUUCCGGACCGACAGAGGGUCCCACUCUGACCUGUGGUCCAGCAGCAGCUCUCUGGAGAGUUCGGGUUUCCCGCUGCCGAAGCAGUACCUGGACAUGAGCUCCCAGACGGACAUCUCGGGAAGUUUCGGCACCAGCAGCCACAAUCAGUUGGCGGAGAAGGUCCGAUUGCGCCUUCGGUACGAAGAGGCUAAGAGGAGGAUCGCCAACCUGAAGAUCCAGCUGGCCAAGCUGGACAGUGAGGCCUGGCCUGGAGUGCUGGACUCGGAGAGGGACCGGCUGAUCCUCAUCAGCGAGAAGGAAGAGCUGCUGAAGGAGAUGCGCUUCAUCAGCCCCCGGAAGUGGACGCAGGGCGAGGUGGAGCAGCUGGAGAUGGCCCGCAAGCGGCUGGAGAAGGACCUGCAGGCAGCCCGGGACACCCAGAGCAAGGCGCUGACCGAGAGGUUGAAGUUAAACAGUAAGAGGAACCAGCUGGUGAGGGAACUGGAGGAAGCCACCCGGCAGGUGGCAGCUCUGCAUUCCCAGCUGAAAAGCCUCUCGAGCAGCAUGCAGUCCCUGUCCUCGGGCAGCAGCCCUGGGUCCCUCACGUCCAGCCGGGGCUCCCUGGCUGCCUCCAGCCUGGACUCCUCCGCCUCCGCCAGCUUCACUGACCUCUACUAUGACCCCUUCGAGCAGCUGGACUCGGAACUGCAGAGCAAGGUGGAGUUCCUGCUCCUGGAGGGGGCCACCGGCUUCCGGCCCUCGGGCUACAUCACCACCAUCCACGAGGACGAGGUGGCCAAGACCCAGAGGGCCGAGGGGGGCGGCCGCCUGCAGGCCCUGCGCUCCCUGACCGGCACCCCGAAGUCCAUGACUUCUCUGUCUCCACGCUCCUCCCUCUCCUCCCCGUCCCCGCCCUGCUCCCCUCUCAUCGAUGACCCCCUCCUGGCUGGAGACGCCUUCCUGAGCCCCCUGGAGUUUGAAGAUACGGAGCUGAGUGCCACUCUUUGCGAACUGAGCCUUGGCAGUGGCAGCCGGGAGAGGUACCAGCUGGAGGAACCCGGAAUGGAGGGCAAGCAGCUGGGCCAAGCUGUGAAUACGGCCCAGGGGUGUGGCCUCAAAGUGGCCUGCGUCUCGGCUGCCGUAUCGGAUGAAUCCGUGGCCGGGGACAGUGGCGUGUAUGAGGCUUCCGUGCAGAGGAGCGACCGCACCUUCCCGGACAGAGCCCAGGUCGCUGCAAGGGAUUCUGACGCCUGUCUUUCCCGCGUGCCUUCCAGACUCGGUGCAUCAUCAGAAGCCCCUGCUUUCGACAGUGAGGAGCCAGACGCGGUGGGAGCAACCCGGGUUCAAGUUGCCCUGCAGUAUGACGAGAAGAAUAAGCAGUUUGCAAUAUUAAUCGUCCAGCUGAGUAACCUUUCUGCCCUGUUGCUGCAGCAGGACCAGAAAGUGAACAUCCGUGUGGCCGUCCUUCCCUGCUCCGAAAGCACCACCUGCCUGUUCCGGACGCGGCCUCUGGACGCCUCGGACGCCCUCGUGUUCAAUGAGGUGUUCUGGGUGUCCAUGUCCUACCCAGCCCUUCACCAGAAGACCUUAAGAGUCGACGUCUGUACCACUGACCAGAGCCAUCCGGAGGAUUGCCUGGGAGGUGCCCAGAUCAGCCUGGCUGAGGUGUGCCGGUCUGGGGAGAGGUCAACUCGCUGGUACAACCUCCUGAGCUACAAAUACUUGAAGCAACAGACCAGGGAACCCAAGCCAGGGGGAGCCCGGGCCCCCACCCCCGGGCCUGAGAGCACGGACGCCGUGUCCGCUCUGCUGGAACAGACAGCGGUGGAGCUGGAGAAGAGGCAGGAGGGGAGGAGCAGCUCCCAGGACCCGGGAGACAGCUGGAGGUUCGAGGAGGAGACCAGUGACAACGAGACCGCAGCGGAGGAGGGAGAGGAGGAGGUUUUUGCCGAGAAAUCCUCACCAGAUCCGGAAGAGUGCCCGGCGGUAAAGGUGGACAAAGAGACCAACACAGAGACCCCUGCCCCGUCGCCCACAGUGGUGCGGCCCAAGGACCGGCGGGUGGGCACGCCAUCCCCAGCGCCGUUUCUUCGAGGAAGCACCAUCAUCCGCUCCAAGACCUUCUCCCCUGGACCCCAGAGCCAGUACGUGUGCCGGCUGAAUCGGAGUGACAGCGACAGCUCCACGCUGUCCAAGAAGCCACCUUUUGUUCGAAACUCUCUGGAGCGGCGCAGCGUCCGCGUGAAGCGGCCUUCAUCUUUCAAAUCCCUGCGCCACGAGCGCCUGAUGCGCACCUCGCUGGACCUGGAGUUAGACCUGCAGGCCACCCGGACCUGGCACAGCCAGCUGACGCAGGAGAUCUCGGUGCUGAGGGAGCUCAAGGAGCAGCUCGAACAAGCCCGGAGCCACGGGGAGAAGGAGCUGCCCCCGGGGUUGCGCGAGGACGAGCGCUUCCGCCUGCUGCUGAGGAUGCUGGAGAAGCAGAUGGACCGCGUGGGGCACAAAGGUGAGCUGCAGGCAGACAAGAUGAUGAGGGCGGCCGCCAAGGACGUGCACAGGCUCAGAGGCCAGAGCUGCAAGGAGCCCCCAGAAGUGCAGUCUUUCAGGGAGAAGAUGGCCUUUUUCACUCGGCCGCGGAUCAACAUCCCCACCCUCUCCGCAGACGACGUCUGAGCUCCAGAAAAGUAUUUCCUCUGGUCCGGGCACCCUGCCCUGAGCAGAGACUGCGGCCGCGUUAUUUAUGUGGUGUUAUAUGAAGGUUCUGCGUCCCACCUCCUCUAGCGCUCCUCUGGUUUGAAGAUGAAGAUUUUUUUUUUUUUUUUAGUUUGGGUUCUAUUAUUAAAAAAAAAAAAAAAAAAAGGAGAAGAAAAUCCAAAAAACACACAAAACACACAGCAUUAAAACGACAAGAUUGUAUAGUUUGUAUAUUUAGGAAUGUAUUUUUGAGAAAGAAAAUUUAAAUGAACUAAAAGCAGUGUCCAGUUGCUGCUCUUCUUAAAAUAAAAUGGUUUAGAUUUUUUUUUUUUUUUUGUACAGCUCUGCCUUCUAGAGGUUUCAUGCAAUAAGUAAGUCAUGUUUUGGGGACGGUCACCCUAAAAGGACGCCCCGCAGACAUCACAGCACAGCUGACCUUUCCUACCUAACAUAUUUUGUACAAUAUUUUAAAACGCACAGCCAGCGUGUGGCGGAUUCUGGGGUGUGCCUGUGAAUCUUCACCAGCUGUGACGUGUUUUUUACGCGGCCGCCUGAGGUGGAGCUGGCCACAGGCCUGCCCACGCCGUCUCAGAUGCCCAGUGAAGCCACUGACGUGAGUGAGGGAGGGCUUUUCAUUUUAUCUCCAUCAAUAAAGUGGCCUUUCUGAACGAA